AUGGAUCAAACGACUCGAAUCAAUCACUUUCUUCUGCUCGUUGUAACAUAUCUGGCCAUCUUGCUCCCCUCUGUCAGUGCUUCACCGUCUGACCAUCGGUACAAUGUGGGCGACGACGUUCCCUUAUUCGUUAACAAGGUGGGCUCCUUAAACAAUCCCAGGUACUUCCCUUCUGAUCCACCAACGGAUGAUUUUAUCAUCCCUAAUAACUGUGAGCAUGAUCAGGUGAUUAGAAAGACGGAAACCCUGGGGGAAGUUUUAAAUGGUGAUCGUUUGACAAAUGCUUUAUAUAAGUUGAAAUUUCGGGAGGACAAAAUUGGGGAUAUUCUGUGCCAGAAGGAGCUGAAAAGAGAACAAGUCACAAAGUUCAGGAAUGCUAUUAUGAAUGAUUUUUACUUCCAAAUGUACUAUGAUGAUCUUCCAUUUUGGGGAUUUAUUGGGAAGGUUGAAGAGGCAAAUUGGACCCUUGAUGAAAAGGGUCUUAAAUUUUAUAUUUUCAGCCAUGUUCGGUUUGAUGCUCUUUACAAUGAUGACCACAUCAUAGAAAUACAUGCUUUUAGUGACCCAGAUCAUGUCGUGGAAUUAAAGGAAGAUGUGGAAACCAAUGUUGAGUUCACUUAUUCAGUUUUCUGGAAUGCAACCUCCACUGAGUUUGAGAACAGAAUGAACAGUUAUUCAAGGGCUUCCUUUCUACCGAUACAGCAGAAAAUUCAUUGGUUUUCAUUAUUUAAUUCAGCUGUCAUCCUUUUACUCCUGAUUGGAUUGUUCAUGGUGUUUUCUAUGCGGAAUCUGAAAACUGAUUUGAGAAAGUGUUAUGCUGCCGAUGAAGAAGAAGGCAUGGAGGUUGGUUGGAAAUACAUUCAAAACGAUGUGUUUGGUUCUCCUUCUCACAUGCCCUUGCUUUGUGCUGUUCUGGGCUCUGGUACCCAGUUGUUGAUGAUGUAA